AAUAUUUGACAGUUUGAAUCAUCCUCGAGUGUGUGAGGUGUGUGUGUGUGUGUUUGGGUGCGCUUGUGCUCGUUACGUGCUCAGUGACGUUAGGAGGUACUGUUUGUUGUCUAUUCUAAGCCUCUAGAUCGCAGCAGUAUUCUUGCGAGAAGAAGCAGCAUUACUUUUCAUCAAUCUACACUGCAACAAUCAACCUUAAUUCCUUGGGGAAGAUUCUUACAGACAACAGACCAGAGUUAAACAAAAAAACACCUCCGGACAUGAUUGCCGUAGUUGACUGGAGAGAGUAUCCUCAUAGCCCGAGAGCAUGUUCAGUGUUGGUCCUCCGAACCUGAUUGACGUUUCGCAGUGUAUGUGCAGUGUGAGUGUAGUAUGCGUGUGCAUGAUAUAAAGUGACAGAAACGCGCAACGCGUUUGUUGUUUUUCUAACUCAGUUCACUAACCUCCCAACAUACCAAAGCCCUCAGACAAUCGGUUCGCCGGAGUGAGGUUUUUCCCUCGUGUAAAAUGAAAUUUGUGUUCUGUUCAGUUUCAAGCUUUUCGUGAUUGUGUGUGCAGCUUUUCAGUGAGGAAAACGCGUCCUGCAAAAUCAAAACAUCAGCACACCAAUACUAGUGCACGUCCAUCAACCACGUUUAGCAGUGGUGGCAGGAAGCGGAGCGUAACAGCAUCAUUCAACCGAACCGUCUAUCCGUAGCUCGUGAGCCACUGGCGUAGUGCAUAAAUAACGUAAAGCGUGCUCCUUCCCCGGCGCUCGGCUUACUCGUCCUCCCUCUACCGCCCGUGUGCCACACGCACCCAUACAUGCGAACGUGCUAGCGUGUAGUGGUAAGCGCUGGGAAUCGGUAGAACCGGAAAAGCACGCAGGAAGGCACCGACGCAGUGAGCUGCCGCAGUGAAACGGACGGACACGCGUCCGUUUGCCGUUUCCCGAGCACCCCAGUAAGCCAGCUGGUGAGCCCAGCCGUGAGUGACCGAGCGAGUGUGUGUGUGUUGAGUGCCAUUCGGCGGGACCAAACACGUACACACAGCGAUGGCGGUGGGUCGAUUGGCUCACCGGCGUUGGUGGCACUACUAUUGCUGUUGGGUCGCCCUGCUAGCCCUGUACGGUGCACCCGUGCCUAGCCGCGCAUUACCGGACGCCAUCCGUAUCGGUGGACUCUUCCAUCCCGACGACGACCAUCAGGAGAUUGCAUUCCGGUACGCGGUGGAAAAAAUCAACUCCGACCGAACGAUACUGCCCCGGUCCAAGCUGCUGGCCCAGAUCGAGCGAAUUUCACCGCAGGACAGCUUCCUCGCAUCGAAGCGCGUGUGCCACUUGCUGGGUGUAGGUGUUGCUGCCAUCUUCGGACCACAAUCGUCACACACUGCCAGCCAUGUGCAGAGCAUUUGCGAUACGAUGGAGAUUCCUCACCUGGAAACACGCUGGGAUUAUCGAUUACGGCGGGAAAGCUGUCUGGUCAAUUUGUACCCACAUCCGAGCACACUCUCCAAGGCAUACGUUGAUCUGGUGGCAGCCUGGGGCUGGAAGUCGUUCACCAUCAUCUACGAAACGAACGAGGGCUUGGUGCGCAUGCAGGAGCUCCUCAAGGCACACGGACUCUCCGACUUUCCAAUCACCGUGCGGCAGCUGAGUGACUCUGGCGAUUACCGUCCACUGCUGAAGCAGAUCAAAAACUCGGCCGAAUCGCACAUCGUGCUGGACUGUUCGACGGAGCGAAUUUACGAGGUGCUGAAGCAGGCGCAGCAGAUCGGCAUGAUGAGCGACUAUCACAGCUAUCUCAUCACGUCGCUGGAUCUGCAUACCAUCAAUCUGGACGAGUUCAAGUACGGCGGCACGAACAUCACCGCAUUCCGGCUGGUCGACCCAGAAAAUCCGGAGGUAGCGCAAGCCAUCCACAACUGGACCAUCGGUGAGGCACGGCUCGGCAAAAAGGUUGACUUCAAAACUGCGGAAAACGUGACCGUGAUCAAGGCGGAAACGGCACUGAUGUAUGACGCGGUGCAUCUGUUUGCGAAAGCACUGCACGAUCUGGACACCAGCCAGCAGAUUGACAUUCAUCCGCUGUCAUGCGACACCCAGGAUACGUGGCCGCACGGAUACAGCCUAAUAAAUUAUAUGAAAAUCGUCGAAAUGCGUGGCCUAACCGAUGUCAUCAAGUUCGACCAUCAGGGCUUCCGGAGCGACUUCGUGCUGGACAUUGUCGAGCUUGGUCCGCAGGGUUUGCGCAAAAGCGGCACCUGGAACUCGACGUCCGGCGUCAACUUUACGCGCACGUACGGCGAACAGCAGAAGGAGAUAGUGGAGAUCCUCCAGAACAAGACACUGAUCGUGACGACGAUCCUGAGCGCACCGUACUGCAUGCGGAAGGAUUCGGCGGAAAAGUUAACCGGCAACUCACAGUUCGAGGGUUACGCGAUCGAUCUCAUACACGAGAUCUCGAAGAUCUUGGGCUUCAACUACACGAUACGGUUGGCACCGGAUGGACGUUACGGCAGCCACAACAAGGAGACCGGUGAAUGGGAUGGUAUGAUCAAGGAAUUGUUGGAGCAACGGGCAGACCUAGCCAUCGCCGACCUUACCAUCACCUUCGACCGUGAGCAGGUGGUCGACUUUACGAUGCCAUUUAUGAACCUCGGCAUCUCGGUGCUGUACCGGAAGCCGGUCAAACAACCACCGAACCUGUUCUCCUUCCUGUCACCACUCUCCCUGGACGUCUGGAUCUACAUGGCGACCGCGUACCUAGGCGUUUCGGUCCUGCUCUUCAUUCUAGCGCGCUUCACACCGUACGAGUGGCCGACGCCGAACCCGUGUGAUCCACACCCGGAAAAGCUGCAAACCCAAUUCACGCUGAUGAACUGUAUGUGGUUUGCGAUCGGUUCGCUAAUGCAGCAGGGGUGCGAUUUUCUACCCAAGGCCGUAUCGACACGGAUGGUUGCCGGGAUGUGGUGGUUCUUUACGCUGAUCAUGAUCUCCUCCUACACCGCUAACCUGGCCGCCUUCCUCACCGUCGAGCGGAUGGACUCCCCAAUCGAGUCGGCCGAAGAUUUGGCCAAACAGACCAAAAUCAAGUACGGUGCGUUGCGCGGUGGCAGUACGGCUGCCUUUUUCCGGGACUCAAACUUUUCCACCUAUCAGCGCAUGUGGUCGUUCAUGGAAUCGGCCCGCCCGUCCGUAUUUACCGCGAGCAACAUUGAGGGUGUGGAGCGGGUGGUGAAGGGUAAGGGUAGCUACGCCUUCCUGAUGGAGUCCACCUCGAUCGAGUACGUGAUCGAGCGGAACUGUGAGCUGACGCAGGUGGGCGGUAUGCUGGACUCGAAGGGCUACGGAAUAGCGAUGCCACCAAAUUCACCCUUCCGUACGGCGAUCAGUGGCGCGGUGCUCAAGCUACAGGAGGAAGGAAAACUGCACAUCCUGAAAACACGCUGGUGGAAGGAAAAGCGUGGUGGCGGUUCCUGUCGGGACGACACGUCAAAAUCGAGCUCGACCGCGAACGAGUUGGGGCUGGCGAAUGUGGGUGGCGUGUUCGUGGUGCUGAUGGGCGGUAUGGGCGUUGCGUGCGUUAUCGCCGUGUGCGAGUUCGUCUGGAAAAGCAGAAAGGUGGCGGUCGAGGAACGGGAACCGUACCAGAAAAAGCAUCCUAAGGAGUGUAGAUUUGAAUAGAUCUACUGCUAACGUUGUAGUGUAUGAUCAACUCCCAGAAAGGGGUUUUCAUUUAGCUCACCACGGGUACAUCGUGAGCCCUUUUAAUGAUACGGUUUUGCUUUUUUGCUACCUUAAAUACAAACCAUUACAAACAUUUAGUUACUGUACAAUGCUCAAGUAGAACAUCAGCGGGAGAAGACACAUCCAGGAGUUUCAAUCCAUUUGCUUCUAUGUUGAAACCAUCGGUAGACCAACUUCCUUUACCAACUUCAUACCAUACUGCUAGAUAAAUAAAAUUAGCUCAUCAACACUGGUAGUGGUGGUGAUGAUGGUAUUGGUUUCCGUUUCUGCCCGGACCAACUAGCCAACAAAACGAACAAAACGAAAACUAGCCAUACAACAACAAAAACGGGGACCCUAUAACACGAGAACCAGAACAUCCCCUUUGCCCAUUGUACCGAUACACACACAUGUAGCAGUAAUUUAAUGCUGAAAGGUUGAGGAAUUGUGGAAGUAAUGUUGUACAAUAUAAUCAUUUCAUUGAUUGUUUCAAAACCGAAACCAACAAACCAAAACUACAGCGUUUUGAUCCAUUUAGUGGAGCUGGUUAAUCAGUCAGUAGAAUCGAUUCAAAAUCGAUUGGAGAAUGUUGCAAGCUCGCUGUGGAACUUUGCAAUCAUAUAAUGGAGUUUUGGCCUAUCGGAGAAGUCCUCCAAACCACUCACGGUCUAGCGUCAUCAUUCAAUCCAGCAUCCCUGUCUUUUCAAGUGGACGCUUCAACGCCAUUACGAUUUCACGGGCUGGGUUGUCCGGUGCUAUUCUCCUAACAUGAUCAGUCCAUCGGAGUCUGGCGAGUCUAAUACGCUCUGUACUUAUCGAAGAGCUUUUCUUUGCAGCGUCUCCACCAUUGUCCUUCCACUCUUCCACGGGGCCAAAGAUCCUUCUGAGCAUCUUGUUUUCUAAUGAAGCUAAGAAUUUAACGUCUCAAAGGCGUAUGAGAGUAUUGAGACUAUAUAUGCUCUAUACAGUCCUAGCUUUGUCCAUCGCACCACCAUCUACCUUUCUGGCGGACAUUUCUACGGCUACGCCCCAUUGACAUUUGCACCUUCGAAGUAUCCAUUGAUCCAGGUGCAAAGCGGCCUGAGUCGUCAGGUGCCAUUUUUAUGACAUGACCACUCCACCGAAACCAAGCGAGUAUGAGCCGCUAUACAGUAGUCAAACCUCAGAUAGAGAGCGGUGCGAUCACCUAUCUCAACGUCUAUCUUCACCCCGUAUAUCAGCGUUUUAGUAGUGAGUGGUUUUCGCCUCAUAGAUCCAUCCCAAAGUCUUAUUUUUUUAAUUUUCGAUCUAUUGGAAUGCCUGUAAGGCAUAGCAAAAUCUCAGAUCCAGUAAUAUCAGAGUAUGCCAGGAUCACUGUCGACUUGUUGAAGAUGCGCUACGAAGGUCCCAACUCGUGAGUCUCGGGUGACCUUUUCUAGCGCAUCAGAUUGAAGAGCAGACUGUCGAGCGAAAUGUGCCCUCUUGUUUUGGUAGACUCAUGGUGAGAACAAUCAGCCUUGAGGGCUUUCUAUGCUUUCUACGCCUCACGGUUCUACCAUGAUUAUGCUUUCAUACGCGGCUUUAAAAUUAUUUAAGAGAUGUCCAGGGUGAAGGUGUUGCUAUUCUGCCAUCUUCUCCAAGAUUUUCACACAUUGAAGAUUUGAUAUCCGUUUCCCCACAUUGCAUACUGCUAGGGGAAUAAUUUUCAAAUUUUAAAUUACAACCAAACGAUUGAGUGACAUUUCGCAAUUUAUCAGUUUGACUGGUUUGGUCCUUAGGCUCGACCGAAAAUCCACAACAUAUUGCAAAUAACCUUUUCCAAACAUGCUGCGAGAUUCCAUUAUAUGAUUGCAAAGCUUCACAAUCCCAUUUGAAACAUUCGUCUGAGUGGCGCAACAGAAAACCCUGUAGAGGUAGAUUCCGCAUCAGCAACCAGACCAUUAGUAGAGUUGGUGAUGGGUUGAGCCAGCAGGCUCAAAGCAUGUAGAGAAAUCAUUUGACACGCCAUCAAACCACACUAUGGUUUCGUCGACGGAGAGAAAAGCAACUAAAUAAUUGUAGUGCGAAACACUUUAAGAGAGAAAAGGAAUAUACAAAAGUAGAACAUUCGCGUUCAUUUCGUUACAACUGUUAUUUACCUUUGUUUCAUUUGCCCUCCAUUACUUUUGUGUUUUGUUAUGUGUCUUGUUCGUUUCUGCUACUACAUCUUCUUUACUCCUUUUUAAUUUCUUUUUCUUUUAACUUAACCAUUUUUUUCUCUCUUUUCUCUUCUUU